AAGUUCAGGAAGCGUUUACUUAGGCACCAACUGCGAAUGCGAGCAGGUCAUAAGCUCAAGACUGGAUCUGUCUGCCAUUCCCCUCUCCACUGUCCUGUUUCUGGAGCCUGACACUAGAAAGCCAGCGAGAAAGAAGAAUCAACAGAACCUGAUUUCCUGCUCCUCCUUUUUAUGAGUGUUUCUGUGGGUUCUGCAUCUUCUUUUUGGAAAACAAUCCAUGGAUUGGGGGAGCAGGGCGCCUCACAAGCAGUGGAGCCUCUUCCUGAGAAAUUUGGGAGAGAACACAGCUAGAAGGCGCCUUGCCAUCUGAGAACCAGGAAGUAGGCAGCGCCAGACACCGAAUCUGCCAGCACCUUGAUCUUGAACUUCCCGGCCUCCAGAACUGUACCCAGCCCUAGUGGAGGGCGGCAGGAGGAAAUGACCGUCUCGAGGCCAAGGCGGGGCACCCAGCUGCUGUCCCUCUUCACCACGAUCUUCGUGGUCAUCUUCUUGCUCUUCUACGCGCUCUAUUGGAAGCACGGCAACCUCAUCGACUUGCCCGACCAGCGGAUCGGCUUCUUCAACUUCUGCCUGUGGGACGAGGACACUAGCUCCCUACACUGCCACCGGUUCUCUGAGCUGGAGGCCCUGGGGGUGCCUCGGGUUGGCCUGGCCCUGGCCAGGUUGGGUGUGUACGGGGCCCUGGUCUUCACCCUCUUCAUCCCCCUGCCUCUGUUCUUGGCCUGGUCCAACGGUAACAAGGGCAAGUGGCAGCCGCUGGUGGCCUUCCUGGCGAUAGCCUCCACGCUGCUGGCCGGCGGCCUGAGCCUCUUCUUCACCUGCGUUGGGAGGUGGAUCACCCUCUCCCUCCUGGGGCUUGAGUUUCUGGCUCUCGCCACUGCCCAGGCCCUACUCAUCCUCCUGCUCAUCGCCGCAGUUACGCUCUCUCAGCGGGCAGAGAAGGACGAGAGCGAGCUUGAGAGCUGCUAUGCCAGUCCUGUGUAAAGGCUCACGUGAUUGCAAGCGCUGUUUGAACGAUGCUCAGAGAAGAUGCUGGUGAAUUCGUGGGUUGCUACGUCUCCUUGGCCACCCUGUUUCAUAGCUAAUGCUGAUCUCAAGUUUGAGCGGACAGGCCCCACUGCGGAGGGGAUGGGGUGCCCGGUGUCAAGGAGGCCGAGAAGCAUAAGGGCGGCCGGGGCACCUGUGGCUUCUUAGUGUAGGUAGGGUUGUCUGAUCUUUGGGACUUUCCAGGUUCCCAAGGCCACCCUAAAUCACAUGCUUCAUCUCGGGAGAAUUCCUGCUUUAAUUAACUCAUCCGAGCCUUCAGAUUUUAAUGUCAGGAGGGCGGGGAGGUAAGGAUUCCUGUCACAGGGCCAGAUCCCAGGACAAUCUGCCAAAUGCCAAACAGAAACCCAGGGAAGGUUAUGGCAAUGAGUGGGGACCACUGAAAGAGAUAGCACCUCAGUGUCCUCGGAGCCCUGGUUAGCAAACUGCCCCUUCCCCCUGUCCCUGGUGUGUGGGAUGUGAUGAGCCCCGCCACUGCGACACCACUCCCAAAGGCCCAGCAGAGACCUCCAAGGGAGUCACCAGAGACAGAGCAGGCGGACGGGGCAGGGGGGUCAGCCGGCAGGUCACCCCUAAUGUGGGACCUGUGAGUUUGGGAGCAGAACACGGCAGAUCCUGGGCAGGGAGGAGGGGAAACAGGACUGAAUGGUUCCACGUACACAUAAAUGUCACAUCCCUUCACUGCUCAGCCCAGAAUUAGAAAAGAUACAAGUACAACGACCUGUGCUUGGGAAUUUUGUGUAUUUUUCAGCACCUGUAUAUUGGAAAAUCUGUACAGCAAAUGGUCACCUCACUUACAACUGUCAAGAGCUGCGCUGAAUACAGAGGCAGAAACAUGAA